UGUGUUGGAGCGUCAGGUGAUCGACUUCCUGGGCUACCAGUGGGCUCCCAUCCUGACCAACUUCCUCCACAUCAUCAUCGUCAUCCUGGGUCUGUUUGGCACGAUCCAGUUCAGGCCGAGAUAUGUCACCGGGUAUGCCGCCUGGCUGGUGGUGUGGAUGACCUGGAAUGUUUUCAUCAUCUGUUUCUACCUGGAGGUUGGAGAUCUGUCAAGAGACUCUGACCUUGUCCUGACGUUCAACCUGUCCAUGCAUCGCUCCUGGUGGAUGGAGAACGGCCCGGGGUGCAGGGUGACACCCAUCACCCCUCCUCCCUCCUGGGCACCCGAAGACCACCGAUAUAUAUCUAUAUCCGGCUGUCUGAUGGAUUUCCAGUUCAUAGAGGUGGCUCACUCCUCGCUGCAGAUACUCCUGGCUUUGAUGGGGUUUAUCUACGCCUGCUAUGUGGUCAAGCUCAUUUCGGAGGAAGAGGAUAGCUUUGAUUUUAUAGGAGGGUUCGACUCGUACGGCUACCAGGGCCCUCAGAAGACCUCCCACCUUCAGCUACAGCCCAUGUACAUGUCAAAGUAAACCUAGGAGCGCUGCCUUACCAACCACCGCUGCUCAACUUUUACCACAGGAUACAGAGGACACUAAGAUAUUCUGCUUCACCUCCAACCCCCCCUUCCAGUACUUUGUCACAUUGCUUCCCUGGUCUGUCUUUCUGCUGUUUUGUAAUGGAGUUAGUUCUGUUCGUGAUGAAACACUGGCCUCGUGUGGUUGAACACUGUAACUGUGUGAAACACCAGUACAAGCAGCUCCGGUAACAACUGCAUUUUCU